AUGGAGCCCGCGCCGGAGCCGCCUGCGCGGGAGCCGCCCGCCCGGGAGCCCCCCGCGCGGGCCCGGCCGCCGCCGCCCCCAGCCGCGCGCCCCGCGCCCGCCCCCGCAGCGCCCAGGCCGCGCUCGCCCGCCGAGGCCGAGGGCCGCGGCCCCGAGGGGCUGCUGCGGCGAUCCGGGUCGGGCUACGAGGGCAGCACCAGCUGGAAGGCGGCCUUGGAGGACACCACCACGCGACUCCUGCUGGGCGCCAUUGCGGUCCUUCUGUUUGCCAUCCUGGUGGUGAUGAGCAUCCUGGCUUCCAAGGGCUGUAUCAAGUGUGAAGCACCCUGCCCAGAGGACUGGCUGCUCUACGGAAGGAAGUGCUACUUCUUUUCUGAGGAACCGAGAGACUGGAACACGGGCAGGCAGUACUGCCACACCCAUGAGGCCGCGCUGGCUGUGAUCCAGAGCCAGAAGGAGCUGGAAUUUAUGUUCAAGUUCACGCGGAGGGAGCCCUGGAUUGGACUACGCAGAGUCGGUGACGAAUUCCACUGGGUCAAUGGGGACCCGUUUGACCCGGACACGUUCACCAUCUCAGGCCCUGGGGAGUGUGUCUUCGUGGAGCCCACCAGGCUGGUGUCGACGGAGUGUCUCAUGACCCGGCCCUGGGUGUGCAGCAAGAUGGCCUACACGUGAGGUGGGUCGGGCCACAGGCGGCACCUCCUCCCGGGCCCGAGGGAGGUGCCUGCCCUGAGACCUGCCUCCAGCGGGAGCCGCCUGCCCUCUUCAAGGCAACACAGCGGAGGGGUGGCUCCACCGCGGGCCCCUCUCCCAGGCCAUGGAGCACUGAGUCCCAGGCUCCUGGUCUCCUCUGUCCCCAGGCAGGUCAUGUGGCCCAUAUGCUAAGUAGUGUAGGCAUCUGUCCCCCCAUACGCACACAUGCACACGCUCAUGCACAUGCCCGUGCACGCACACGCACAGUCCGCUCUCAAGUUCAGAGUCCACCCUGAGCCACCCACAAGUGCUUCCUCACUGCAGCCCUGGUGCUUUGGGGGACUGCCACAGGUGGUAUUCCUGUUGGCACAGCAGCCCCGCCUUCCAGAGGUUGCUCUCCUGGUUGCCGGGGGAGGUGGCAGGGAUGGCUUCCCCCUCGCCGGGCCAGGCCAGUCCAGGGCCCCACAGGUCCCCCGUAUCCACCCUCUCUGCCCUGCCCGGGGUUCUCAGGCAGGGCCCCUGCUGUGUCCGUGGUGCUGUCGUAUUGGUCACUGAUGGAAUAAAGAGAUGGCUGGUGUCCAGAGAA